CAAAAAAAAAAACACUUAAGCUACCAAACAAAUAGAGAGAGAGAGAGAGGAAAAGGAAGACAUAGAAGUGAGAGAAGAAAUGACAGUAGAAGAGGUUGGAGACGACUACACAAAAGAUGGAACAGUUGAUCUUCGUGACAAUCCUGUUCGAAGAUCCAUUAGAGGUCGUUGGAAAGCUUGUUCCUUCGUCGUUGUGUACGAGGUGUUUGAACGGAUGGCUUAUUACGGAAUAUCAAGCAACCUAGUGAUUUACAUGACAACCAAACUGCACCAAGGAACAGUCAAGUCGUCGAACAAUGUGACCAAUUGGGUUGGGACUAGUUGGCUCACACCAAUCUUGGGUGCUUAUGUCGCAGACGCUCAUCUUGGUCGCUACAUCACUUUCGUUAUCUCUUGUGCUAUCUAUUUCUCGGGGAUGAUGGUGUUAACAUUAUCAGUAUCCAUACCGGGACUUAAGCCACCAGAAUGUUCCGCGGCUAAUGUGGAAGAUUGCAAAAACCCUUCGGUUCUACAAUUAGCAGUUUUCUUUGGAGCGUUAUACACAUUAGCGAUCGGUACGGGUGGUACGAAACCGAACAUAUCAACAAUAGGAGCCGAUCAGUUCGAUGUGUUCGACCCAAAGGAGAAGAUUCAAAAGCUAUCGUUCUUCAAUUGGUGGAUGUUUAGUAUCUUCUUUGGUACUCUCUUUGCCAACACUAUUCUUGUCUAUGUUCAAGAUAAUGUUGGCUGGACCUUGGGUUAUGGACUUCCAACAAUGGGUUUGGCUAUUUCCAUUUCCAUUUUCUUGUUCGGCACUCCGUUUUACCGCCAUAAACUACCCACUGGUAGCCCAUUCACCAAGAUGGCUCGUGUCAUUGUGGCAUCAUUUCGCAAAGCCAAUGCACCGAUGGCUCAUGGCCUCACGAGCUUCCACGAGCUGCCUUCCCUUGAAUAUGAGCGGAAAAGUACCUUCCCCAUCCAAUCCACCCCAAGUUUACGAUUUUUAGACAGAGCUUCACUCAAAACAGGAACAAAUCAUAAAUGGAAUCUAUGUACAACCACAGAAGUCGAAGAAACAAAACAAAUGCUAAGAAUGUUACCAGUCUUGUUCAUAACUUUCAUCCCAAGCAUGAUGAUCGCUCAAAUAAACACUUUGUUUGUCAAACAAGGAACCACUCUAGACCGGAAGGUCACUGGAGCUUUCAGCAUCCCACCAGCUAGUCUCUCCGCUUUCGUCACACUCUCGAUGCUCAUUUCCAUAGUCAUAUACGAUCGAGUCUUCGUUAAGCUAACCCGAAAAUACACUGGAAAUCCAAGAGGCAUUACUUUGCUUCAACGAAUGGGAAUUGGUCUUAUCUUUCAUAUCCUCAUCAUGAUCGUUGCAUCUGUCACUGAAAGGUAUUGUUAA